AUGCGUGGUUUCUCUAUCGUGGCUUCUGCCCUGUGUGCCAGCUAUGUCGCUGCACAGGGGGCUGUUUGCUUUGACGACCUUGAUUGCGCCCUCACUGGACAGGCAAAUGCCAAAUGUGUGAGAGCCCAAGCUGGUGGUAUUACAGGAAAUUGCGCAACCGGUGCAGCUGCUGGGGCAGCAAAGAAUCAGGGCAAACAGAAUGCUGCUGCAGACCCCUUGACAGCGCUACUUGGCGGUCUCACGGGCAAAAAGGCCACCGGGAAGGCCGCCGGCGCCGCAGCUCCAGCAAAGUCAAAGGCAAAGGCGGCGUCGGGUAAGGGGAAGGGAAAGGGAUCGACAAUUGGGGCUAGGCAAGCUGCUGCUGCACCAGCGGCAGAUCCCAUCGGUUCGGUCUUGGGGACUCUGACUGGCAAGCAAAACGGACAAGCAGCCGGUGCUGCAGCUCCGGCUGGUUCCCAAGCAGCUGACCCCAUCACCGCAGUUCUUGGAACAGCCGCUGGCGUGCUAAAAGGCAAAGGAGCCCAGCCGGCCGGCGCAGCUGCUCCGGCCGGCUCUCAAGCAGCUGAUCCCGUCAACGCAGUUCUUGGAACCGCCGCCGGCGUGCUUAAAGGGAAAGGGGCCCAGGUUCUUGGAGCCGCCGCCAACGUCCUCAAAGGCAAAGGUGCCCAGCCUGCCGCCGCCGCCCCGCCCCCCCCUGCCGCAGCUCCGGCUGCUGGAAAGCCUGCUCCUCCAGCCGCCGCCCCUCCAGCCGCCGCUCCUCCGGCUGCUGCUCCUCCGGCCGCUCCGCCAGCUGGAAAACCCUCUUCCCCUCCUGCUGCUGCCCCACCUGCAGCACCUGCAGCCGGAAAACCGGCCCCACCUCCGGCCGCCGCUCCGCCCCCAGCUGCUCCGGCCGCAGGCAAGCCUGCUCCCCCGCCAGCUGCACCUCCAGCUGCCGCUGCUCCUCCCGCUCCGGCCGCGGGCAAGCCUGCUCCCCCACCAGCUGCCGCCGCUCCCGCUCCUCCUCCCGCCGCUGCACCAGCUGCUGGGCCUCCUGGCGGACGGCCCAUUCCAGCUUCACCCAGCAAGCGAGCUCGUCGCGUUCGUUUCUAG